CAAACCCAAAACCAGAAUUCUCCAAUUCGAAGAUCUCUGAAAUCGGACAAUAAUGCAUUGGCAGGAUCACAUCUUCAUGACCAGUAUAGUCUCAGGCGCCAUGAGAUCUUCCAAACAAAAACACCCCACCCGCCGCGGUCCGCCGUCCAGGCUGAUCCAGUUCCACGUCAACUACACGCUCCGCCACGCCUCCCUCCACGUGUCCGCAGACGGAGCCUCCACGACGUUCCUCCGCGACGAGACAGCCCGGGCCUCGCUCUCUUCCUCGUACCUCGACGCCCUGGCGAUGUGGGACAACGAGAGCGGCGCCGGCUGCGCGGCGCUGUCCCCGAUCUGGGAGGCGCUGGGGAUCGGGCCCGAGUUCCACUGCCACCUGUACCGCGACCUGCUCCCGAAAAUAAAGGAAGCGGCGGCCGGUCGGGCCCUGGUCGAACUGGACGCUGCUGUCCGUCCGGGUGGAUUUCGGGAGGGAGUACGCGGAAUUCCUGGACGGCGAGGAGGCGGCGCUGUUUUGUCGGGACUCGGCAAGGACGGCGGCGGGAUGGUGCCGGCGGCUCGGGAAGCGGUGGCGGCGCUCGUCAAGGACGUGGAGGGAGGUGGAGAGGAGGCGUGCGCGGUGUGUUUGGAAGAGGUUUGUUACGGCGGCGCGGAGAUGCCGUGUGGUCACCUUUUCCACGGCGCGUGUAUUCGGAAGUGGCUGGAGCUGAGUCAUUACUGUCCGGUGUGCCGAUUUGAGAUGCCGACGGUGGGGGCGGCGGUGGCCGGAGUUGGAUAUGGAGGGACGAGCGGCGCGUCGGAGGAAGUGGCGGGGAAAGAUAGUUAGGGCAAGAGUCCAUCUACCUAUUCACAUUUCUUUGUUGUCUCAAUUGUAUAAAGUAUAUAUGACCCACAAUAUAUAGGAUGUUUCCUCGUGAAUUCGUACAUACUUAACCUGAUAACGUUUGAAUGAUUUUUUCUUUUGCAAAUUCAUUCAUUUUCUCGUGCAUCAUACCACAACUGACGAUUGACACAUUGUUUUUAUAUGAAUUGUAUGUCUAUUGAGUUUCGCUAUAUUUAGAUCAUAAAUUAAUAGAAAUUUUGGACUUUAUACUAUGGAUGAACCUCAUUACUUAAUUCAUCGAGCUCAAACCAUAAGAUCAAUUUAAUCACAACCUAAUAAUCGAUAGGUUUGAUUCGUUGAAGAAUAUAAAAAGUAUAUAUAUAUAAUAAAGCCACGCGUACGCUAACAUUUGUAAUAUAUAUCUGCGACAUGUAACACGAUGAUGUUCGUAGUACGUAUGAUGGAAGAAUGAAUUUACCAGCAUAUGCAUAGCUUUGGAAAGUGGAGACUGAAGCAACAGACUGAAACUGGAAGCUAGAGGAUGCAGAAACAUAGCAAACCUCAGGACUUGAGAACCAUUAUAUUGGCUGUUACGUACAUACCAAGCGAUACCAGGAGUUCCUCCAAACACUUCAGUAAUGAAAACGGGAGACAUAAUCACAUUGCCAUAAUCCCAGCCGCCCCAGCUGAUCAGUGAAGUGUUCAGAGGAACUCUAGGGGUCGCCUGAUCCUUUUCUACUUCUUCUUCUUCUUCUUCCUACUUUGGGUUUCUUUUUAUUUCCAAAAUUUCGAGCUAUGGAAUUGAACUGAUGCUAGCUGCUGAAUGUUCGAUAUUACAUGGCUGCAGAGCCCUUCCUAUUUAUACUGAAACCUCGGAGUUGGAGGGACAGCGAAUAUAGCUAGGCCGAUCCAAGGAAAAAGAGAUGAAGGGAAUAUUAUUUGUUUCACCUACAAGUUCUUGUUCCUUUUGUCUUGCAACUAAUUUCAAGCUAGUUGUCUUUCGGAAGAUAAGUAAGUCUAGCUCUGCAGAUGCGUCAGAUUUGCUCAUCAACACGUGAACUGCAACUAAUUGCUUCUAUUUAUGUAAUAAAAAGGAAGAACAUUCAUGUGCUUUGCAGUUUGGUUUUGUUAUAAUUAAAUUGCGUAGCGAAAUUGCAUGGGAUCAGUUUGCUAUAACAUAUUAAGAUGUCUGUUACAUAUAUAAAUAUGUACCACCGAUGUAGCUGAUUAAUGACUUGAUGAGAUUCAUGAUCAAUUAGUAUAUAGCUAGGUUGUCAUCAAACCACGUUCUAUGAGCACACUAUGCUUUCAUAUUCUUGGCUGCUUCCUUUUCGUUUUUUUUUUGUAAGUGAACUUGGACAAAGAAAGUGGGUAAGUGAAGAGAGAAGGAAUGGGGGAAAAGUCGGGGUGGCAGGGGAUAACAUUGACAUGAGAGCACUUUCAAAUUGUAUGUACACUUUUCUCGGGAUCAAGAUAGGGUAUAUAAUCUUUCGUUAUACAUAUUUGUUGUAGUAUUUUUUUUUCAUGAUAAUAAAAUAAAAGUUACAAAAUUUACUAGAUUCUUAACUCUGAAAUUCUCACAGAAACAACUCAUUAAUAAGGUCAUGUUAUAAAAUCAAAAGAAACUAACUAUAAAGAAGACAGUGUAAGGGUUUUACGCGUCAUUUUAUGGGCACCCCAAACUGUUGUUCAAGAAACCGCCCUAAAGACUAGGCAGAAGGAAGCAGAGGAGAUGACUUGACGACAAUCUUGGAGCAGCGGUCAUCCUAGAGAAUCCGCAACCACAUGUAAGAGGAGCUAACAAACCACUACCCCGGAAUCGUCAUCUGGGAUAAAGCAAGGAAGAGUUUAGAAAACAAUGACUAAUAAGGCAUCUCUCAUAUCUAGGAGCUCCGCAACUUAGGGAUGAGACAGUCCCAGAUGGUGAAACCCAACAGCCAGUAGAACAUGUACGUCUGGUCCACGGCUCACUGGGAAAGUCACCAUGAGGGGCAAUCCACUGAUUCAACGAUGACCAGAUUGAUAUCCUUGAUUUUAAGUGAGGCCAAACCUCAGGAAACCGAUUAUAUGUCUUUUUAUUUUCCCAAUAUUUUUCACGUGUUGCGUGACCUAGUCUAGGACGGGGCACCAUCACCAGAAGCUACAACGAAUGAUCUGAUAUAAAAUAGGAGUUGCAAUAACCUUAUCGGAAACUAAUAUCGGGUUUCCUCCUGGCCUUGCACGUGUCUUUACACAAUUAGUUAGGGACCGGGCCAAGAUCAGGUGACUAAGGGACGGUCCCUUAGUCACAUGACUAAGCCAAUCUCAGCUAUUGAAGUUCAUUAAAAUCCAAUGGUUCAAAUUUAUCUAGUUUAAUGAAGGGUAAGGUGGUAAUUAUAGUUUUUAUUUAUGAAUUAAUUUAAAAAAAAUAAGGUCUGUGGACUGUGCGCGUCCACUCCGCCCGCCGACGUCCCGCUUCCCUUUCCGGCGGGGGAAUUGUUUCAGGCAGGCAUCGACUACCCUUUUCCGGCGGGGGACCAGGGGAUUUUUUCCCCAUGCCAUGCAAUCAUGAGAGAGAGGGGGGGAGGGAGGGAAUUUUUUCCCCAUCCCAUGGAGAGAGAGAGAGAGAGAGAGAGAGAGAGAGAGAGAGAGAGAGAGAGAGAGAGAGAGAGAGAGAGAGAGAGAGAGAGAGAGAGAGAGAGAGAGAGAGAGAGAGAUUUUGUACUGUUAGUAUGCUUUGUAUUGUUUGUCGGUUUAUUUUGUAAUGUUUGUACGCUUUGUUAUUUUGUAAUGUUUGUCGUUUUUUUUGUAAUCUUUGUUAUUUUUGUGUACCGUGUUUAUCAUUUUUGUCAACCAUGUUUGUAAUGUUUUUAUGUCUAAAAAACAACCUGGUUGACUUUUGGAUUGAACUCCUCUAUAUAGGGACGGAGCCUCCAUAGUCAACCCGAGUGUUUUUUCCAGUUCGUAUGGAUUGUCGGUCUAGUUUGUCAUCUUUGUCCACCAUGUUCGUAAUGUUUGUAUGUCUAAAAAACAACCGGGUUGACUUUGAGACGGAGCCCUCUAUAUAGGGAUGAAGCCUCCAAAGUCAACCCGGGUGUUUUUCGAGUUUGUAUGAAUUUUUUGUCUAGUUUGUCAUUUUUGUCCACCAUGUUUGUAUGUCUAAAAAACACCCGGGUUGACUUUGGGAAGGAGCCCCUCUAUAUAGGGAUGGAGCCUCCAAAGUCAACCCGGUUGUUUUUUCUUUUUGUAUGGUUUGUAUUGUUUGUUAGUCUAGUUUGUAUUGUUUGUACAGUUCAUACGUUUGUAAAUCUGUUUGUAAAUUUUGUCGCUCUAGUUUGUACUGUUCGUAUGUUUGUAUGGUUUGUACUAAUUGUAAAUCCGGUUUAUAUACUUCGUAAUUUUCCAUAAUACCCAAACUACUCAUGUCAUUAAUUAAAUAGCCCUUCCCACUUUUUAACCAUUGGAUUGAAGUGUUCAGAUCUAAUGGCUAGGAGGGGCUUAGUCAUGGGAUCCGCUCUCUUAGGGACCUGUUCAUUGGGUUUGUAAAUCAAAUUUUGAGGUUGAGGUGCUUUCAGAUUUGAAGCUCCCCUUGUUUGGUUCGAAAAUCUAAAGGAUUUGAAGACAAAACCCCACUACUGGAUGAGUGAAAGUAUAAGGAAAGGUGUUGCAUACCCAAUGCAGUCAAAAUCUAGAUUUUAAGUAAAAUCGAAAACUGAGGUAGAAUCGAAAUCGUAGAUUAAAAUCGUAAAAUCGUAAGAUUUUAAGGUUCAUAUUAAAAUAAAUACUUAAAACACUAGAUAGUAAUAAUAAUGCAUAUCUUGAAUAACAAUCAACCACAUAAAGCAUAAUUACUUCCCAAGAUAAGUUUGUUUGCUAAACAAACACAACUAAUCCAUAUAUUUUUCUUGUACAUAAUAGAAACACACAAAUAAGAAACCUGAAACAUUAUAGAUAUCACUGUUAAUUAAUUGUUAAGAGUAGAAAAUCACAUAAGAUCGUUAGGAUCAACAUUAACAUCACUUACACAUCAUCGUCAUCGUCAUCAUCCUCAACCUCACCCUCACUCUCAUCGUUUUUAUUUUUUUAAGGACUAAUAUCAUUACUCUUAUGAUCACUUGAAGUACUUUCACCAUUAACCAUAUUUCCUUGAUUACCAUCAUCUGGAAAACAUAACUCAUUGAUUGAUGCAUUCCCUUCUUAAUUGAUAAAAGGUAGGGUUAGUGGUGCUGAAGGAUUGGGAGAUGACACAAAAGCUUGCAAUGUAAUGGAGAUUUGGAUUAUUGUGAGGGUGGUGGGAACAAACUACAAGCUAAUUGGGAGGGUGGAAGAUAUCGUUGAUGGAAGGAGUUGGGCGCCAACGUGCGAAAGAGGAAGAUACGAGGAAGAGAAUGAAAAUAAAUUGAGGGUUAACUAUCAGGUUGGGGUUGUGUUGUUCAUUAUGUUGGGUUGGGGAAAGUAAAUUUGACUCGGUUCAUGGGCAUAACCCAACUUGACCGGCCUAAUUUUGAUCCAAUUGAUACGAACCUUGAAAUCGUACAAAAUCGUAGAAAUCGUAGAUUUUAUGGAUUUUAGAGUUUUAAAUCGGGAUUUUAUGGGAUUUUAAGGUUCAAAGAUUUUACAGUAAAAUCAGGAUCGGAACCCAUAGGUAAGAUCGUAAAAUCGCAAGAUUUUAAGAUUAAAAUCGGGAUUUUGAC